AUGUGUAUAACUCAUGAGAAACCGCUGAACAGUGGGUCUUGUCUCCUCUUGAGUCAUGUGAAGGAGAUUCUACUGGCCUUGAAGCCAAGGAUCCGUGAGGGUCAUCGCAAGGCACUGUCUUCAAGGGACCUUGUGAUACUCACCCGUAUCUCUGAAAUGGUGUCUGAUCCUGUGGAGAGUGCUGAUGUCCUCCAUCUCCUCAUCCCUGUUCUCAACAACCGCUUGCAGCAGUUGUCAAUGGAUACCCAGAUCAAUGUCCUCCUCACUGCUCAGAACCUGAUCUGCAUUGCUCAGGCACCAAUCUCGUUUGUCAGAUCAUUGUCUCGUCUGUUCUCACUCUUGAAUGGACAACAGGUGCGAUGGCAAUUGUGUGCUGUGUUUGGAGCCCUGGGUGAGAGAGAGCCUGGAAUUAAGUAUCUUUCAGACCUGGCCCACAAUCUCAAUUCCUGGCAUCCAAAGCGAGUUGAGGAACUGGAUUAUGACCGGCGCCUUCAAGCCUUCAAGGACAUUCGGCAUGUCUUGCAAGAAGAUGUUGGGCAGGCAACAACAGACUUUCUCUGUCUUGUCAUCUACAAUGCCUCUUAUUCCAUUCGAAAGAGCAAAGAUGAGAAUGUUCGACAUGAGUUCAUUGCCAUCCUCAGUGCCUUGGUGAUGCAUUGUGGAGGUCUGAAUCAUAAGUUGAAGGAGUUAGCCAUCCUGACAUCUGAAGAUCCUGAUACAGAUUUCUUUGCCAACAUAGGGCACCUCCAGUUGCAUCGACGUGUUCGAGCCCUUCACAGACUGAGCAGGGAAAUGGAAGGAGAGCAGAAGGGAUUGUCAGGUGAGACACUGACUCACUUCCUUCUUCCUCUUGUUUCUGCAUUCCUCUUCAAUCCAAAAUACACGAAGGAGAACCAUGUCAUCGAUGCUGCCAUCCAGUGUUUGGGAAGAGUGGCAAGCCAUCUUCCAUGGUUCAACUACCACAGUCUUCUGCGCUACCACCUUGGUCUGCUCCCUCGUCACUUAGAGCACCAAAAGACAGCCAUCAAAGUUGUGGUGUCAAUUCUGGAUGCAUUCCACUUUGACCUCUCUGCAUCCAUGUUUCAUCCCAUUGCACAGAAGGUCGAUGAUGAUGCUGAGGUUGACAAUGAGCAAGAUGAAAAUGAAAAGGAAGAGGAAGGAGAGAAAAGCCUGAUAGCAGAGGAGGGAUCAGAAAAUUCAGAUGAGAGAGAAAUUGAGGGAAAGGCAAUGGUGUUAGAUGCACGGAUGGCUACACGGGUACAUGAAACCAUCAUCAAGAGCCUCCUGCCUCAUCUGAUCAGGCUGUUGAGACAACGAAGCAAGAGUGACCUAGCCCACAAGGUCAAUCGUUCUCAUCAUCCUGAGGAUGAAGAGAUCCUUCGCAUACCUAUUGCUCUUCCCAUAGUCAAACUCCUUCAGAAUCUACCCAAGGGAACUUUGGAAGCAUACCUUCCCUCGAUCCUACUGAAGUUCUGUGAAUUUCUGAAGUCACGGUCUGAAGGGAUUCGGGAAGCAAGUCGGGACACCUUGACUAAGCUGAUGACAUCUCUUGGGCCACGGUUUCUCCCAUACCUUGUUGGAGAACUCAAAGGUUGUCUGAAGAGGGGUUACCAGCUUCAUGUGAUGAUAUACUCAGUCCAUUCUGUCUUGAAGGCCCUUGACCCCUUACUUCAAGUUGGGGAACUAGAUCCCUGUCUUCUAGACAUCUAUUGGUUGUGUCAUGAAGAGCUAUUUGGGGCUGUGAGUGAGGAGAAGGAUGUGAAAGGGAUCACUGGGAAGGUGAAGGAGGCACGAGGAAACAAAGGCUUUGAUACCCUUGAGAUUCUUGCUCGAUUUACUUCCCAGGGCCUCAUUCUUCCCCUAAUCACCCCUCUCAAAGAGGUGUUGAGCAGUUCGCGAUCACACAAAGUGGUGCAAACGGUUGUACGAUGCCUGGAGCAUAUAUCUCGAGGGCUGGUGGGGAAUUCAGGUUUGUCAAUGGACAGCCUUCUCCUCCUUGUCUUGGGUCUAGUGGGAGAAUGCAUCCCCGAUCUUCAACCACGCUCUCGGGAACCAACUGCACCGCGACCUGAUCCCCGCCUCCAGCCUGCAGAUACCUUCAUCGUUCCACCUGAACCUGGUCGAGCUGGUCCACCCGUGAAGGCUGCCAUGAAGACAAAUGCCCAUGUCCUUGUUCAGUUUGGUUUCCACCUCCUCUACUCCCUGCUAAAACAAGAAGACCUAGACACAAAAGAUGGAAAGACUAUGGAAGCCCUAGAUCCAUUCCUUGCCAUGACAACUGCUUGCCUGGAAUCCCCUCAUGUGAAGGUUAUUUCAACUGCUCUGCGAUGCCUCUUGUGGCUUCUCCGCCUCAAACUGCCUUCAAGUCAAAGGGAGCUUGGGCCCUUGAGUAAAGCUGUGUUUUCCCUCCUUCACAAACAUGCUGCUCCUGGCAUGGCAGGUGGUGACAAUGCACAGAUGGUGCUUCUUGCCUUCAAGGUUGCUGCAGCACUUUGUUUCAAUCAUAUAAUAAUGGAUGCAGAUAUGCAGGUGAUAAACCUCAAUGAAUUUCUGCUUAAGGUGAUAACACAGAUGGUGCGUGAACAAGAAGACCUGAAACUGAGCGCCGAGCAGUUGCGGAUACUUGUGACGUACGCCGAGGCAGAUCUGUACGACGCAUCACGACAGGGGAGUGCAUUUGGUCUUUUGCGAGCCAUCAUCACUCGCAAGAUGGUUCUACCUGAACUGCAUGAGACUAUGAAGAAGGUCGCUGAGCUGAGCAUUACUUCGGAGCUGCCUCACAUCCAGGGUCAAGCCCGUCAGGUCAUGUUUCACUACAUCCUCACCUACUCCCUGAAGAAGGAAUUGGAGAAGUAUAUUGAGUUCUACCUGGGUCAGCUGGGUUACCAGUUGGACACUGGUCGAGCUUCGGCCCUCGAGAUGAUCCACACCAUCAUCUCUGAGUUCCCUCUCAGAAUGGUGAGGGAGCAUGCAAGCAUUUUCUUCAUCUCCCUUGCUCCAUUAUUGGUGAAUGAGGAAUCAGUGAAGUGUCGAAAGAUGGCUGCUCUUACACUCAAGAGCAUGCUGAGUCGGCUCCCCAUCACAGAGCGCAAGGAACUUUUUCAACUCUGCCUUCUUUGGCUUCAAGAUAAGAAGGUUGGCACAAAGCAGGUAGGAUCUCAACUAGCAGGCCUGAUCCUUGAGGUGGGACUGGAGGGUUCCCUUACAUCUUGUCUUGAGGACCUGUUUCCGAUCCUGGUCUCUCUUCUCAAAUCGUCUGUGGAUGGGGAGACCUGUAACGAGAGAGAUGCGGACUUCUCCACGUCACAGAAGUCACGGGACCAUCUCUUGUUUCAUGUUCUCUCCCUUCUGGUGAAGAUCCCUAGCCAAGUCCCCAAUCUCCUUGCCCAUUCCAAAUGGAGUCCAUACUUAAAUUCCAUCUGGGCUCUUUUGGACUACUUCCUCCUCCACCCUUUCUCCUGGGUCCGACUCACUGCCUCUCAACUCCUUGGUCUUCUGUUUGCUUUUUCCUCCCCUGGUGCCAUUGCAAAGUGCAUUGCCAGUGAGGGCAAGACUGGCAGAAAGAGCCAGGCAGAACAAGAUCAGGCUUACCUGCAAGCAGAACCCUCAGAACGAUUUCUUAAAUUCCUCUUUGCCACCUGUUCCCAAUUUCAGGGAGAAUUGAUUGAGGAACAACUUGCUCUCCAGGUGAUGAAGAAUCUAGUGUACCUAGGGAAGGUGCUGCUGAGGUUACCACUUGUGUCCAUGACUCACCCAAAGCUCACAUUUCCCUGGCUCCUGAAGAAACUCAGCCAGGAAGCAUCCAGGGAAGCAGCCCUUGACCCCAAGAAUCCUUCCAAGCGGAGGGAGUUAUUUAAGUGGAUUGGAGCAGUUUUGCUGGAGAUGGAGGGAGGAGAGAAGAUGGCAGAGCUGCUUCCAUUGCUGCUGGUCCCACUGGCACGAGAACUCACGGAUGUUCAUGCCCUGCGGGAACUCAAAGACCUGGCGGAAGAGGUUGUCGACCUGAUUCGUAGUCGCACCAAGGGGCAGGGCGACCUCUUUCCUUCUGCUUUUGCCCAAGCCCAGAGCCAGUUUGCUAAGAGACGUGCCUUGAGAAGGAUACGCAAGGCACAAGAGUUGGUGCAGAAUCCAGAAAAGGCAGCCAGACAGAAGAUCAAGAAGCAGGUGGGGAAGAGGGCAGCAAGGAAGCGGAAGAUGGAGAAUGCCAAGCCGCAUCGCAAGGCCAAACAACGCAGGUUGAAGGAACUUGCCAUUCCCACUGCCCUCUGAUGUCAUACAGGCAUUUCUCUAGGUCAAAUUGUAUGGGUUUUUUUUCCUUGCUGUUCAGGAGAUCAUGAAGU